GCAACGCAUUUCUUCCGCUCCAUUUACGAAGGCUCCAUGUACAGCGUAUCGCUGUGUAGUUGCAGUCUUGCAGACGCUAUUAAAUAAUGUCAAAUACUUUUACAUAUUUCUAAUUUUACAACCACACUGCCCACUUAUGCCGCCCAUUAAACCCAUUAAUUGAUCUUUUAAUGAAACUGCAAGGCAUGAUCGAUGCGCUUUGCAAAAGAAAAUUCCUCCGAAUUCUCCUUAUCGUGGUCGGUAUUUUCGCCGCUCUCCAUUUCUUCCCCGCACUUCUUUUCCGGGACAACCGGAUCACCAUUAACUAUUUUGCUUUGUCAUGGAACUCCUUUUCCGACAAAAGCAUUGCUAAUCAUGGUAACAGUUCUGCACCAGAUACCACCGUCGUUCCUCCAACGGUCACCAAUUUCACUACGGAACCUGAUGUGGACGAAUUACAGCCAGCGUCGAAUUCCUCUCUGUGCCGGCUCAAUAUAUCAUAUCUGACAGGAUUUCGUCAUAUUGUGGUCCCUCAACUGCCAGAUAUCUCCGAGGUUACAAUAGAAGCCAAGCACCCAGAUUUGUCGCCGGGAGGGCAAUGGCGACCCGCAAACUGUACCAGUCGGGAGCGAGUCGUUAUUAUUGUUCCGUUGCGCGAUCGGGAGGCCCAUUUAAGGCUGCUAUUGGACCGGUUGCAUGCCGUUCUACGGCGUCAACAAGCUGAUUAUCGCAUAAUUGUCGUUGAGCAGUUUGGAGACGGCUUAUUCAAUAAAGGUGCUCUUCUGAAUGCGGGAUACAGGGAAGCUUUGGUGAAUGAUUCCCGUGACUGUUUUAUUUUUCAUGACGUCGAUCUCCUUUUGGAAAAUGACCGCAACCUGUACCGCUGUGCUUCACAGCCUCGACACUUAUCGCCAGCGGUGGAUAAAUUCGAUUACAAGCUGCCCUACAAGAUCCUGAUGGGCGGGGUUACCGCUUUCACGAAAGAGCAGUUUGAAAAGAUCAACGGAUACUCGAAUCUGUACUUGGGAUGGGGCGGCGAAGACGACGACAUUUUUUAUCGUCUCAACGACUCGGGUUACACCGUUCGCCGACCCGAUCCCUCCAUUGGCCGAUAUACAAUGAUUCGCCAUACACUCGAUGCCAGAAAUCCUCAGAAUCCCGACAGAUUCCGGCUGCUGAAUCAUGCCAAAUCGCGCCGCUUAAUGGAUGGCCUAUCUAGUCUGAACUACACAGCAGUCCGACGGGAAUACCGGAAGCUCUACACACGAAUCGUUGCCGACGUGCAUGCGCCACCGGUCUUCCCGCGACACUACCAGUGGCGGCCUUCCGGUGGCACCUUUUGGACCGAGAUGGAGACCUUCAUUCUCCAAUAUCCUUUCCUCAGCGUGAUUAUGUUUAUGCUCAUCAUCAUGCACGUUAUUGGCAUGAUGUGGUGUGGAUGUGCCUGGCUGGUGGCAAUGGUCGAAAUGGAUCACGUGGAUAAUACCGAACACAGACGUAUACGCGGCUAUUACGCUCAUGAGCGGAUAUGAACGAAUAUCUCCUAUCUAGUCUGAAAUCAUUUUUAGUGUUCACUCUUAUCGAAACGAAAAUACAUAUAAUUCCAAACACUUAAUUACUCGAAAUGCUGAUGAUUUUUGCUGGUUCCGGUAUGGUUAUGGUUUCUGCAUUCAAGCUAGGAAUUUAUCGUUUGCACCCCAUUUAUUGUCAAUUAUUAAGGACUCGCUGUCAUCAAAGAUGAUCUGGAAUCCAAUCCAUAAAUGAAUGAUUAAA